AUGGCUGAACAAGUGAAUCACAACUCCAUCGAAACCUUGACUGGAUCAAAUUAUAGCAAAUGGAAACAAGAUCUGGAAAUAUCUCUAGGUUUUCUGGAUUACGAUUUUGUGCUCAGAGAGGAACCUCCCCAGGAACCAGCUGCAGAUGCUUCUGCAGAAACUAAGACUAAGUUUGCCAAAUGGGAAAAGGCAAACAAGAUGGCUAUGUUAAUCAUGCAAAGGGCUAUGUCUAAGAAUGCACAGCAAUACUAUGAGUCAAUUGCACAAAGGUUCAAGGAAUCUGAAAAAGCUGUCAAGAGUUCCCUGCUGAAUCAAUUGAUUGAUAUGAAGUAUGAUGGACAGGGUUGUGUGAGAGCUCAUAUCAUGAACUUGAUUGACAUAGGAACAAAAUUACAAGAGCUGGAUAUGACAGUAGAUGAGGACAUGAUGGUCCAUUUUGCACUGAAUUCAUUGCCUAAAGAGUUUAAAUCUCUCAAGGAAACCUACAUUGCUCAGAAGGAGACCUGGACCUUGAAUGAUCUUAUUACUAUUUCUGUCCAACAAGAGCACAAUAUCAUAAGAGAAAAGGGAGCCAAAAUGGUCAACAUGGUUCAGACUAAACAGAACAAAGAAAACAAGUAUAAGCCUGCUGCUGGGAAAGAAAAGGAAAACAGUACAGAUAAGGCUUUGAAACCUACAACUGGAUUAGGUUGUUUCUUUUGCAAGAAAGCAGGACACAUGAAGAGAGACUGCAGGAAAUACAAAAAGUGGCUGGAAAAGAAGAAGGGAAAAGCUAAUUCCUUGCAGGAGUUUACAAGCAAGAGGCUGCCAAGCAAGGAUGAAGUGAAGGUGUUCGUGGGAAAUGGAGAAGAAGUCCAAGAAUCUGUCUUACCACCAUUGAAUCAUGAAAACGAAGAUGAAGUUUGCAUUCCAUGUAUCAAAGGGAAAUUAACCAACUUAAGAAAGAAAGGGGCAUUAGGAAGCAAAGAUGAUUUUUCAAGAUAUGGAUAUAUCUAUCUCAUUAAAGAAAAAUCAAGUGCAUUGGACAAGUUCAAAAUUUAUAAGGCUGAAGUAGAAAACCAGUUGAACUUGAAAAUAAAGGUGGUUAGAUCGGAUAGAGGAGGAGAGUACUAUGGAAGGUUUGAUGAGACUGGAAGGAAUCCUGGACCUUUUGCUAAGUUUCUUCAAGAAGAAGGAAUUAUAGCUCAGUACACCAACCCAGGUACACCUCAACAAAAUGGAAUUUCAGAAAGAAGAAACAGGACCUUGAAAGAUGAUAAGGAGUAUGAUGAGCUGUACAAAUCUGCCAAUUUUUCUUUGGGGAGAGGCUUUAAAAACAGCCAACUAUAUUCUAAAUAG